CGCCGCCGCCGCGCAAGACUGCUGACAGACAUUCUCAAGGAUGACAGCAAUUCUAACUCUGAAUUCGUGCAAUCUUUUCAUGGGAACCUGUGCGAUGAUGAUGCCUUGAAAGUCAUCAAGUUGGGGAUUCCUGGUUGAUUUUGUUGAAGCCAUUAUGGAGGAUAAGCCAGCUUUCAUAUUCUGUGUCGAAGACAGAGCACUCUUUUUUUUGAAGAGCAACUUUUUUAUUGUUUUGGUAAACUUAUCCAGGAUUCAAGAGCCGCGUUAAGUUCUUUAGUAUUCUUGAUCCAACAAGACCCUGUAAUUAUGUUUCUGAAAUCUCCGAUGCUGGAUUUCUUGGUCCUCUUUUCAAGGUUACCAUGGAAGAACAUCCAACUGAAGCUUUCACAAACACAUCAGCGGAUAAGUGUUGGGAAACAAUUCUUGACAGACUAAAUGCUGAGAUCGAGAGGUGUAAGAGUCUAGGUGAACAAGAACUCCCUCCCUUGGAGGUUUUGCAAAGCAUUAAUGGUCAUAAAAUGUUCGGAUUCCUUAAGCCAUCCAUUAUUCAGGCCAUUGAAGCUCAAGAUCCCAGUCAUCAAUGUGUAGAGUACUGGCAUCACAAAGAACUUUCCUCUGAAUCUUCAGGCAGUGGAAAUGAUGCCUCUAAGUGCUCAAAUGGUUCAAGCAACUCUCUGGGUGAUGUCAAGACCAAACUUUUCGGCUUCAAUUUGAUAAAGCAGGAGCAAGAAGAUAACAUAGAAGGACAUUUUCGUUCAUUUGAAGAGAUGAAGUCAUUGCUACAAGGAUUCCUAAAAAAGGCCAGUCCUGCCGAGUUGAGUGCAAUGCUCAAGUUAUUUAGCUCUAAUUCACAAGUUACUCAAUGGAGAGCGGCAUUCGUAGCGUUGAUCGAAGAGAUCCAGAAAGGUUGUAGAUAAAAGAAGAAUAAGAUCUCUCUAGUCAUUUUUCAAUUUAUUCAGUAGUUAGGUCCAUUCAUAACUAAACUGAAGAAAAUUCUGGGUAAGGCCAAGAUAUAAAAUUUUCUUUUGUUCCUAGUAAUAGAGUGAACUUGUUAGUUAGAGGUGGCUAAUGCUAUUAAACACCCAUUGUAGUUGCUAGUGCCUUUGUUCCAUUUAUACUUUUCUUUUUUAUAUUUAUAUUUUUCUUUUUAAGCUAGCUUUUGGUGUC